CUGCGUCAUCAACGUGCGACACAGGCGGGGCUGUCACAGUAUUACCUGGCGUUCUUUAUCUCCCCAAAUGUCUGUUCAUGUCUUUAUCAUGAAGAACAACCUGAAGAAGAUUUCGACACGACGAGAACACACGACUUGCCCAGUCAAAACGAGGUAGAUGACGGCCCAGAAGACGAAACCCUCCCCAAGCACGUUGUCCACCAUCAAAGAGUGGACCACGAGCAUGAAGAUCCCAAAGCUGGCCUUCGUCUUUCUCCUGGUGGUCUGCCUUGUGGUGUACCUCACGUAUGUGAAGCGCCAUUUCGAGAGCACACAAAUGUCCAAAUCGCAACUGGAGCAGCUUUACAAAUCAGAGCUCCACAAGAGGCCGACCUCAGCCGAGGUGGUCAGUGAAGUGUUCCACUAUGGCAUCAUGUUUGAUGCUGGAAGCACUGGGACAAGAAUCCACAUCUUUCAGUUUCAGUCGGAUCCUAAUGCCGCUACGAAAUUGGGCUCGGAGACGUUUAAAGCGAUAAAACCGGGACUGUCUGCGUACGCCGACGAUCCGCAAAAGUGUAAAGAAGGAUUGUUGACGCUGUUGGAGGUGGCAAAGAAGACCGUGCCUCCCGAUCAGUGGGGUUCAACCCCUCUUGCCCUGCGAGCCACAGCGGGACUCAGGCUGCUGCCAGGGGAGAAAGCAACACACCUCCUGGACACGGUGAAGGAGGUGUUUUCUAAGUCUUCGUUUCCUCAUAGACCUGACAGCGUGUCAAUCAUGGAUGGUACAGAUGAGGGAGUGUCUGCUUGGAUCACCGUAAACUUUUUAUUAGGUGGUCUUCAUGGGUCUGAUGUUCCCACAGUGGGCAUGCUGGAUCUAGGAGGUGGCUCGACCCAGAUCACUUUCUCACCACAGGAUGAGAAAACCAUCCAGACCUCCCCGAUCGACUACGUGACGUCGUUUCAGAUGUUCAACACCAGCCACAAUCUAUAUUCCCACAGCUACCUGGGACUUGGUUUGAUGUCUGCCAGACUGGCUGUGUUAGGAGGGGUUGAAGGACAGCCUGUAGGGGGCGGUCAGGAGCUAGUGAGUCCGUGUCUGGCUCCAGAUUACACCGGAGAGUGGGAGCAUGCAGAGGUCAUCUACACACUAAAGGGUCAGAAAGCAGGAGAGCCCAUCUACGAGUCUUGUUUGAGCAAAGUAGAGAAGAUGAUUUACAAACGAGUGCAGAAAGCAGAAGAGGUAAAGCACAUGGAGUUCUAUGCAUUCUCGUAUUACUACGACCGCGCUGUGGACCUGGGCCUCAUCGAUGAGAAGAACGGAGGAUCCCUUCGAGUAGGCGACUACAUAGCUGGUGCCAAAACAGUGUGUAAGAACAUGGAGGCCAGUUCAGGAGAAAACCCUUUCCUCUGUCUGGACCUCACCUACAUCUCAGUGCUGCUGCAGGAGCUUGGCUUCCCCCUUGAGAAAGAGCUGAAGCUGGCCAGAAAAAUCAACGACGUGGAGACGAGCUGGGCUUUAGGAGCCACCUUCUAUUACAUGGAGUCUCUCCACAGACACUAACCAGCUCCGGUGUUCACUUUUUGAGUGCAAAAGACUAUUACGAAGGAACAGGUAAAUACGAGAACAAUCUUCAAGCGCCGGAUCAGGAGAGUGCUGAUGUAGGAUCAGCUCAUUUGUAGCUCAUGGAGAUUAAACCUGUAAAGGAACAACUGGUCCCAGACCAGCACUCUGAUGAAGAAAAAAAUAAAGCACUAGCGUUGCAUUCGA